CUCAGCCUCCCCAUCUGUCCCAAGUUGCUGGGGCAGGCCUGGGCGGCGAGGGGACCCCCACCGCGGGCUCGCCGACUCCGCCCCCCGGAGGCCCCUCCCGCGCCCCGCCCCUGCCCCCGCCCCGGGGCCGCGCGGGCUGCCUGGGAGUCUGCGGUCCAGCAGCGGUUCGGAGCGCGCGAGGUUCGGGGAGCUCGGCGAGGCUGCUGGUACCUGCGUCCGCCGAACGAGCAGGACGGGCUGCUUUGGUUUGUGGCUUCCAGACGGGACGGCCAUCCUCUCCAGAAUGAAGAUCUUCUUGCCGGUGCUGCUGGCUGCGCUUCUGGGUGUGGAGCGAGCCAGCUCGCUGAUGUGCUUCUCCUGCCUGAACCAGAAGAGCAAUCUGUACUGCCUGAAGCCGACCAUCUGCUCCGACCAGGACAACUACUGCGUGACCGUGUCUACUAGUGCCGGCAUUGGGAAUCUCGUGACAUUUGGCCACAGCCUGAGCAAGACCUGUUCCCCGGCCUGCCCCAUCCCAGAAGGCAUCAAUGUUGGUGUGGCUUCCAUGGGCAUCAGCUGCUGCCAGAGCUUCCUGUGCAAUUUCAGUGCAGCCGACGGCGGGCUGCGGGCAAGCGCUACCCUGCUGGGCGCCGGGCUGCUGCUGAGCCUGCUGCCAGCCCUACUGCGGUUCGGCCCCUGACCGCCCAGACCCUGUCCCCCGAUCCCCCAGCUCAGGAAGGAAAGCCCAGCCCUUUCUGAAUCCCACAGGGUAUGGGAGCCCCUGACUUCUCACGUGCCUGAUCUGUGUCCUUGGUCCCAGGUCAGGCCCACCCCCUGCACCUCCACCUGCCCCAGCCCCUGCCUCUGCCCCAAGUGGGGCCAGCUGCCCUUCCUUCUGGGGUGGAUGAUGUGACCUUCCUUGGGGGACUGUGGAAGGGACGAGGGUUCCCUGGAGUCUUAGGGUCCUUCGUCAGGACCAAGUCCCAUGGACACGCUGACAGCCCCCAGGGAGGCUGUGUCAGUAGGGAUGUGUGCCUAGCUGUGUGCGUGGGUGUGUAGUGCAUGUGGGAGCACGUGGCGGCUUCUGGGGGCCGUGUUUGGGGAGGGAGGGGUGCCAGCAGCCUGGAGAGCCUCAGUCUCCUGUAGCCCCCUGCCCUGGCACAGCCGCAUGCACAUCAAGGGCAGCCUUUGGGAGCUGGGAUUUCUGCCGCUUCCAGGUCUAGGCCCCGCCCCAAAUCCAGCCAGUCCUGCCCCAGCCCACCCCUACGUUGGAGCCCUCCUGCUGCUGUGGUGCCUCAAAUAAAUACAGAUGUCCCCCAG